CCUGUCAGCAAUCGUUUAUCGGUGUAAGCAGCGCAUCACAGCUCGAGCGAAAAAAAGAAAAAUACGGGCGAACUGGACGAAAUUGAUUGAAGUUUACCAAGAGCCAGCGCCGAGAUUCGCACUGCACCCCAGUAACCAAUUAGCUCGUGUGCUCCGUCCGCCCAAGCCAGCAAGAUAACCAAGUUUAAUAUACGCCUGGACAACAUAAUGUCGAAGAACAAAAAACUGUCGCUGUCGGGCGGCGACACGACAGAGAAAUUUAUUUACAAACUCAAGGAUCUGAUAUGGGCCAAGAUGAAGGGCUUCACUCCGUGGCCGGGCAUGAUUGUGGAUCCGCCAUUGGACAUGCUCAGCCAGCAGCGCCGCGCGAAUUGCAAGUGUGUUUUCUUUUUCGGCUCUCGGAACUUUGCUUGGAUAGAGGAGAACAACAUCAAGCCCUUCGAGGGUCCCUGGAAGGAUGAACUGGCCAAGGUUAGCAAGCCCGCUGCAUUCAGGCAUGCAAUGACGGAUAUUGAGAAGUAUAUUGACGACCCCGCUGAGGUGGACGAACAGGUGAAUGCCAGUUGCGGCGGGCCAAAUCACGCCACUGAAGCGGACUUUGACAAGAUCCGCGACGGUCUGGACAAUGAGGAGAACGCUGCCGACGAGACUGUCGCUGAUGCCAACAAUGGUGUGGUGGCCCAUGUGGUCGGAAGUCCCGAGGCCGAGGGCUUGGAUAGGGAAAAUAAUGCAGACUCUGCAGCAUCACCCGAAGAUGCCGCAGUUGCCGUAACGACGACGCCGGCGGCCGCAACAAAAUCUGGUGGCAAGCGGACGCCGAAGGCCAAAUCUGUGACAGCCGUCGCGGUUAAGGCAGCAAAGGCCUCUUCCACAAAGUCAGCACAGAAACGGCGGACUUCCGCGCAACAGACGCCCACCGGAGCAUCGAGCACCAAGCGUGGCAGGCGAGUGGCUUCCGGAGAGGCAGCGGCGGACCAAGCCGGCACCAGCUCCUCGCCCAGACGUCGCAUCGAGACUGACGCACUGAUGGCCUCGCUGGCGGCCAAACGGGCACCAAAUGCAAUCGCUCUGCUGGACCGUCCAGUGGUCACGCGGCCAGAGACGCAGGCCAUCGACAUGAAUUCGCGGUCGAACACGCUGGCCGAUCGCGAAAUCGUUCCAUCGGAUCAAACCUUCGGCUUCCUGGGCCUGGGCAUGAUGGGCUCGACCAUAGUUAAGGACUUGAUAUACACGGGACACAAGGUUGUGGUCUGGAACCGCACCAUUGACAAGUGUCAGCCCUUCGUGGAGGCCGGCGCCGAAGUUAAGGACACUCCAAUGGAUGUGGUGGAGGCGGCCGACGUCAUAUUCUGUUGCGUUUCGGAUCCCAAAGGCGCCAAAGAUCUGGUUUUUGGCAACUGUGGCGUCCUGCAGUUGAAGGACCUAAACAAUAAGGCCUACGUGGAAAUGUCGACUAUUGAUCCGGAAACAUCCUUGGACAUUGGCGAAGGUAUCAAGCAGUGCAACGGUCGGUACCUGGAGGCGCAAAUCCACGGGUCGCGUCAAGACGCAGCCGAUGGUAUGCUGAUCAUCCUCGCCGGCGGCGAUCGAACAGUGUUCGAGGAUUGCCACUCGUGCUUUAAGACCAUCGCGAAAAACACGUUCUUCUUGGGAACAGAUGUCGGAAAUGCCUGCAAGGUGAACCUGAUCUUGCAAACCAUUCUGGGAGUGAGUAUGGUUGGACUGGCCGAGGCGUUAGCACUGGCUGAUCGUUUCUCCAUUUCGCUGAAGGAUAUCAUAGACAUUUUUGAUUUGACUUCUAUGCGAUCACCGAUGCUGCUGGCCAAGGGCAAGGAAAUGGCUAAGGGCGACUUCAAUCCACAGCAGCCACUGAGCCACAUGCAGCGCGACUUGCGUUUGGUGCUUAACAUGGCCGAGAAUUUGGACCAGUCCAUGCCCGUCACCAGCAUCACCAACGAGGUGUUCAAGCAUACCAAGCGCUUGGGCUAUAGCGAACACGAUUCGAGCGCCGUAUUCGUAAGAUCCAGAUUUUAACAAUUAGUUAACACGACUAACGUUUAAACUAUACUUUAUCAUUUAGUUUAAAGCGUACACACCGAACAGAACCGACACUGACACACACAACACACCCGAACACAGUAAUGCAUUACCCUCACUACCCACUCACCCACCAACAUGACCGAGACGUUCGGUCGCAGGGGAUACACAGAUUGACAAUGGUCAGUCUGCGUAUUGCCUGCGAUUGGCAGCGUUGUUCUAGCUCGUUCAUAUAUUUCCAAACCUUUUCCCAUACCCGAAACUAGGGCUAUUGCAAAGCAGAUCAAGAUCUCGAGCCGAUACGCAUUGUGGAGCGCUUUUCGCCGGCCACCUAACCCGUGUCGGUGAACCUCUUUGAUACGUCGUCGUUCGGCGAGAUUCUGAUGGGCAAUCGGGGAAGGUUUAUUUUCAAGAGUCUGGCGGAGCAUUCAUGAAUGUUGUACACGGAUCGACUCUAGCAUGAAUAUUGUAAUCGUGGGUGGGAUAAACGCGAAGACAGCAAAGGGACCGGGAAAAGGCCAUGGCAUCGGGCGAUGACGUAGCUUCCCAGAUGUGGCACUAAAGAAUUAUUUGCAUACAUAAACUGUAAAUGUAUAGAAUAACGCAUCCGAAUAAAUUGUAAAAAAAAAAAACAUAUAUUUCGCGAGGCACAUAACUGUGUGCGAGUGAAAAGCCAAACGGGGCGCGGUCCCUUUUGUAUACACCCCGACCCUUCCCAAUCAUAUCCUUAUUUAUGCAUUUACGCCAAUCUUUCUAAUUUUGUUCUCCGCGUAACCCUUUUGUUCAAAUGCACGCAAGGCACUAGAAACACAUUUUAUAUAUUUUUGUCUAAGAAUAAAGAGUAAGCUAAACGAUCAUUGAAAGUAAA